CCCCUUCAAUUAUAGCGACGACCGACGCCACCGUCAAACACUACAGAGCAGCUCUCAAACAAAAGAUGGACCCUCUCUCCGCCCUCCGCGACUUCACAAUCCGCGGCGAGCUCGACAAGAUCGUCCGCGUCAACGACGAGUUCCGCUUCGGCUCCGACUACUCCUUCCCUUGCUUCGCCGAGACCGCCUACCGCUCCAAGCAAGGCAAUCUCUACACCCUCGAAACCCUCCUCCACUACGUCAACAACCACCACGUCAAGCACACCGAGUACAUCCAGAACGCCCGCACCCUCGGCAUCCCCUCCGUCACUUUCCCCGAUCGCAAGCCCCUCCUCGACUACCUCUCCGGCAGGAUCUCCUCCUCCGACUCCAUCGAGUUCGUCCUCCCUCAAAACCCCAAAUUCCCCGAUUUGCCCCUCCCCGAAAACAACACCGACCUUCCUACCCCUGAGAACAACAACAACGGCCUGAUUGAUUUGGAUUUAGGACGAGCCGAGGCGGCGCCGGUGGAUUACAUGUCCUUGAUUUACGCCGCCGAGCGGCCGCUCAAGGACCGGGAGGAGCUGCUGGAGUGCAGAGGGAGGAACUUCUACGGCGUGCUGACGGCUGCAACGAAGAGGGAGGAGGAGCGGCAGAGGAUCGAGUCGCAGCAGAGGAAGGACGGGCUGGUGGCCAAGAGCAGGCUGAUGGGCUCCGACGACCGGGGAAUGGCGGGGUACGGCGACGAAGUGGGGUAUGAUCCGACGCCGAAGCCGAAGAUGAAGGGUGGGAAGAUUGGGGAGGGUGUGCCGAUUAUUCUGGUGCCGAGUGCGUUUCAGACAUUGAUUACGAUUUACAAUGUGAAGGAGUUUCUGGAGGAUGGGGUUUACAUACCGACGGAUGUGAAGGUGAAGCAGAUGAAGGGGGCAAAGCCGGACUGUGUGACUGUGCAGAAGAAGUUCAGUAGGGAUAGGGAUAGAGUGGUGACGGCCUAUGAGGUUAGGGAUAAGCCAUCGGGGUUGAAGAGUGAGGAUUGGGAUAGGGUGGUGGCGGUUUUCGUGUUGGGGAAGGAGUGGCAGUUCAAGGACUGGCCUUUUAAGGAUCAUGUGGAGAUUUUCAAUAAGAUUACGGGAUUUUUCAUGCGAUUUGAAGAUGAUAGUGUGGAGUCAGCUAAGGUUGUGAAGCAGUGGAAUGUGAAGAUUAUAUCGAUUAGCAAGAAUAAAAGACACCAAGAUAGAGCUGCAGCACUGGAGGUGUGGGAUCGACUAGAAGAGUUUGUCCGGUCGCGGUCACAUUCCUGAUGUGUGUGAAGUUUAGAGGAGGAAGAUGUGUUCUGAUUUUGGUUGCGACCCUUUGGCCUUUUGUACUCGUGGGACUGGAAAUGUUUUUUUAAUUGUUUAUUGGAUAUUGUAUCAUUAAAUCUUCUGGAGGAGUGGUAAAGUUAGAUGCUUGGUUGGAAGUUUCCUUAUCUACCUGAAGUUUCAGCAAAACCUU